AUGGCGAGAGGUCUCCGCUCCAGCGUCAGAAAGACGAACCGAUCAAAGCUGCGCACCCGAGUCUUCGCGCCCGUCGAGGAUGCGCGAACCGAGCGGCUGUCCGCGAAGCUCUUAGAGCUUGCCUCGCAACCGCGACCGGCGAAGUCAGAGAUGGAAGUCGAGGAGAACGCCACGAAUACCGAAGCACAGCCCCAGGCCGAAGCAGAAGCAGCAGCAGCGCAAGCAGAAGGUUGGUCACCGUGCUUUACUUGCCGCAUACCGCAAUCACUAGCACCUGAAGAGGAGGGCCACCAUCAAGCACAGAAGCAAAAGCCAGAGCAGAAGCAGAAAGAGAACCCCACCAAACACGGUCCUUGCAAGGACGAGAUGUUCUACCACAUACUCGGCCUCUCUUCUGACAUAGUCGGGUUUGACACGCAUGGGGACUUGGUAUUGGACAUUUUCAACAUGGACGUCGACGACGCCCCCGCUGCGAAAGCGCCCUCGUCCUCGAAAUCGAAGAAGAAAACCGGCAGGAUACAGAAGAAGCGACGGGCGAAGUCCGCAUCGACCAUCACGUUCCCCACGUUUCAGAAAGGUGCAAAGGCUGGGCCGGGUAAGAGGGGCAAGAGAUAG